AAACCAAUUAUUAAAAAAAAAACAUUAUAUUAUUCAGUUUGGCUCUGAUUUUUUCAGACAAGGACUUACUGCAAACGCCAAAACAGAUAUGGAUCGGUGAACGAGACCUACGGUUACACUGAAAGGGAGAGAGAUCUGAUCUGAAAAACAAUCCCCAAUUGCUAAUGGACCUUCCCAACAACUACCAGAAGUACGGAGUCCCCUUCUACGCCGCCGCUUGGCUCCCCGGCCUCGGCAAAUCCAAACGACCCGACCAGGAUCAAGACGACGCCGGCGACGACCAAAAGGAAACCGAGACUCAGACGCAGAAGACUGAGACCCAGACUGAAUUAGCCCAAUUCGAUUCCAACCAAAACCACGUCGUUUUCUCCGGCGGAGGCGGAGAGGGCCGCAGCGGCGUCCCAAACGCCAUCGUCGUCGCCCAAUUCGAUCCCGCCUCCGUUUCUCUCUCCAGUCAGCCGGUGGCUAAGCUCAACACUGGCUCUGCUUUGCCGUAUAGAAUGGCGGUUCACCCCGCCGGUAGCGGUCUCGUUUGCUCCUUCCCUGAUAGUUGCAGGUGGUUUGAAUUGGAGGAAGAAAGCAACGAAGUUCCUAAACUGGCUUUGAGGCAGUCUGAGAGAGUGCUGGAGCAAUUGCAAGAUGUUGGACAACAGUUAGCCUUGGCUUUCGACAAAGACGGUUCCUUGCUUGCUGCUGGAGGCGAGGAUGGCAAGUUAAGGGUUUUCAAGUGGCCUAGCAUGGAGAUUAUUCUCGACGAAGAUAAAGCUCAUACCACAAUGAAGCAAUUAGAUUUCAGCCCUGAUGGGAAAUUUCUCGUCUCCUUAGGAGAUAGAGGCCCUGGUAGGGUGUGGGAUGUAACUUCAUCUACCGUUGUAGCUUCUCUACCACCGGAAAAGGAUGAGGUCUUUUGCGGUUGCAGAUUUUCUGUAACUGAUGAUGGGGGUCAUAUUUUAUAUUUUGCAGAUAAAUCGGGAAGCAUUGUAACAUGGAACAUUUCUACCACUUGGAAGAGGAUUGGAUCAAAGACUAUUAGUAAAGACAUUAUUUCCGCCUUUGAUGUUUCAGCCGACGGAAAACUCCUUGCAUGUGGGACAACUGGUGGAGAUCUUGUGAUAGUAAAUCCAACCAGAAUGCGGAUUCAUAAAGUGGUUAAGACACACAUGGGCUUCGUAACUGCAUUGAGUUUCUCACAUGAUUCAAGAGCUUUGGCUUCGGCAUCCCUGGAUUCAAGUGCAAGGGUGUCCACACUUGAGGAGGAGAAGAAAAAUGGAGGAGUGUUGAGCUUAUGGGUCAUCAUACUCAUCAUUCUAAUAGCCAUUGCUGCAUAUUUCCAGAAGAAUCCUGACAAGUUGCCUUCGGCGUUGAAAGGAUUUUAAGUUUGCAGAAAACAGCGUGGUGCUUGUGAUAAAUAUGAUGGAGAAUUUUUGUCUUUGCGAGCCUGUUGUUAUACGAUAAAUUUUGGAUAAAUACGACACUGACUAGUUGGGCUUGGGCCCAUUCAAGCCCAGCUCAAUUGCACCUGUCUUUAUGAUAUAUACAUAUCUCACACUAAUCUGUUGUACUUCA